CGUUUUUUUUUUUAUUAUUUGCUGAUGAGCAUUUUGUGGUUAAAAAAAACGGGGUCCUCCCCGACAGUUACAUUUUAAUUAAAUUACAUGGGAACCUUACUUCCUGGUUUUGACCCAUUCACUUUGACCGGAUUUACGUGUGCGUGUGUGUCAUAUUUGACAGAUGAUUUGAAAUAAAAUCCUUUAAGUCAUUUUAAAAUGACACUAAAGCACAAUUUAUAUUCUUCAAUAUAUUGGAACCUACGUGCAGUAUCAGUGGUUUUUGUUGCUUUGCCGAGGAAUAAAAGGGUUCUGAAAAUGUCAUCUUAAAAAAAAGGGGGGGGGGUUCUGCAAAAACAGCUUAGGAACUGCUGUAUUAAAUGAACUCUUGUUGAGAUCCACUCAACCGGUACUCGUCAACUAGUUCAGGUUUACCUCACUAGUAUGACGUAGUUGUCCUAUUAUGUCAGGAGUCCUAAUGAUGAGGACGAAGAGCCUGGUUAGUUUAUUGGCCACCAAAACUGAAGUCGCCGAAAGCAGGUACCCGCCAUCUUGAUACUCCCAAAACAACCAUGCCGACCUUCGUGUUAAUCGCCAAUUUCGUAGCUGUGAGAAAAAAAUUCCACAGGUAAGUCAGAAAGUUUGUUUGUAAAUUUUUUUUGUGUAAUUUUCUAAUGAUCUUAAUUCACUUGAACAAAGUUUUGUUUACAGUUGUUGUUGUUCACUGUUCACUCUCUUGCUUCUUCUUUAUAGGCCGACGUUUUUUCACAAAAAAAGCAAUGUCAAAAUUUUCCCAAACUUCACCAGUGGAUAAGCAAGAAAGUGAAAGUUUUGAUGAAUUUUCAUAAUACAAAACUCAGAAAAUUGAAUUUGAUUUUCAAAUUGCGAGGAAACAAGUUGAAAUUUUCUGUGUGAAAUAGGACGUCGCAGAGACAACAAAUGAACAAUGCGUUUAGCAUGUACUUUCCCAUUGCGAGUUCAUAUUUCCAAAAAUAUAUCUGAUUGACUUGAAAUUUAAUGUUUUUAUGACAAAAAAUGAUUAGUUUUUUGCUUGGGGGCACACAAGAUUACAAUGCUUCCCAGCGUAUUUUGGAAAAGUUAACAUGUCACGGAAAUCGGGCCCAAGCUAAAAAAAAAAUGGUUUCUUGGUAGUUACGGUGUUCUAUGUCUUUCCUUUGCACUUAGCCUUUUUGGGCUUACCAAAAAUCCUUCAUGUUACGAGAACUGAAAAAAAUGUAAAGCUCACACGACCAGUUUGAAUUCUACAUGCCAAACUUUUGAGGAAAACCCCCGCCAUAAUCCAACCUGUGAACCGUGUCCUCCACACAUUUUGGGAGUACCAAGAUGGCGGCCAACUCGUUUCAACCAAUCGACAUACCGCUAGAUAUGUAUGCGCUACCCAGUCUUUUCCUUUUUUUUUCGAUCAGUGCGUGAAACCCCCGUUUCCAAGAUGGCUGCACCCAUAAGUCCUGCCUUCUCCUCUCGGAAAAACAUUCCCAAAUGUGAGCUGAGAGACCCCGAGUUCAAAGUCCAAAACAAUGUGAUUCAAGUCAAAAGUAUGUUAUAACCUAGUUAUAAAUCCAUACGAUGUGAUGGCAACCAUAGAAUUAAAAAUGGCGUUAGCUCACUGUAGUCUUCAGCCGUUGCUACGCGGUCCUUAAAACUACGGAAUAAAUGCGAAAAAAAGCAUUCCAUAGUAACAGCGGAGAGGAAGUACAGUAUUCCAUUUUGGUUAUUGGACGUUAAUUUUGCGACCUGCUCGCUGACAUGACCUUCCCAAAAGGCCCGUGUGUAUUUUGGCAGUUGUUAGCGGCCUGCCGAGUCUGAUAAGAAGCGCGCGUCCCCGCGUGCGCCACGUUGUCAGAGCAGAGAGAACCCCCAGCGAACAUGUCGGGACUCAACGCCUCUCUGGGCUACUUCCUGGCCUGCGUGGUUCUGGCGGCCUCCACGCGGACCCUGCUGAAAAAGCGGCCCCGGCUCGGCUUCCUCUCGGAGUUGGCGUCGUCGUUCAUGCUGGUGGCCUGCAGGAUGGAGGUGCAAACCAUCGUGGAGGUGGGCGAGUGGGCCGGGGGCUUGGGCCCGGACGUCACCUUGACCGUGUUGUCGGCGGUGCUGCUGGUGCACGGCGCCGUCUGCGGGGAUCAUUCGGGGAACCCCGGCCUGAGCGUCACGAGGUUCCUCCAGCUGGAGGCGGCGGGCGCCGCCACCGCCCUGGCCGUCGGCUGCCACUUCCUGGGGGCCCACCUGGCCACGCUGGCGGCCCAGUACUACUGGAGCCUGGAGCUGACCGACAUGCACAUGAUCAAGAACCUGAUGAGCAGUGACUGCAGCACCUCGCUGCUGGUCUCGCCGACGCAGGGCUUCUUCACCGAGGGGGUGUGCGCGCUCGUCUUUCACCUGGUGCACCUCUUCCUGAGACGGAGGGCCGCGCUCAUCCGGGUGCUGUCCACAGCGGCGCUGCUCACCUUCAUGUCACACGCAGCCAAAGGUUACACAUCAGCUUACGUCAACCCCUCGCUAGCUUACGGGCUGACUUUCCACUGUCCGGGAUUCACUUUCACCGAAUACGCUCUCGUCUACUGGCUGGCCCCCUUCACAGGUAAGCUGCACACUAUGGGAAAAGUGUCCAGUUUUUGGACCGUUUACCCACCAAAUCGAGUGAAAAAAAAAAAAAAAAUGGACACAAGAGACUCUUUGUGCUCUCCAGGAAUGAUCUUGGCCCUCCUCCUGUACAUGGGCCACAUCCCAAGGAUCUUUGCCAAGAACCUGCUCUACUUUCACAAGACGCGUUUCCGGGUGCGCAAAGGAGGAGAGAAAGAAAAGAAGAAAUGAAAGAUUUUUUUAAUUUGUAAUUAUUUGAACAAUCCGCCUUUCGAAAGGCAACAUGACAAAAACAAAAAAAAAAGGUCGCAAAAUUCUGGGACCUUUUGCUGGUUGUUUUCAAUAAAAUAAAUAUAACAAAUCAAAUGCA